AUUUCUGAACUAACCUUAUUAUAGAAAAAUAGUACAAAAUCUAAAGUCGAUGGUGUAUAGCUGGUUUACAUCCGCGAACCUUGAAGAAGCAGGUGACCAGAGAAGAUUCGAGGCUGUCUUCAGAGAAAAACAGCUCAAUUACAUUCGAGAAAACUGGAGUAUCCUGACGUUCUAUCUCAGAAUCUUGAUCUUAGUCGUGACGGUCUUGCUAGGCAUCAACAGUGAGAAUUCGUCAAUCCUUGUAGUAAGGACCAUCACUCUGAUCCUGCUGAUAUUCUUCCUAUGAGGCUUCCAAAAGGCAGUCGAGAAAUUCGAUUGGGCUGCCAAGUACUCAGGUCCGAUCUUCACAAUGAUCAUUGUGGUUGCAUUCACUGAAAUCAAUGCUUAUCUGUGUCAAUAUAGACUCUAUGAAGGAUUCAUGACCCAAAUCUCAUUAAGCUUCCUGAUGUCAGUGUGCAUGUCCACAAAUUGGGUGUUGGCGACUCUCCUGUUAUUCAUAUCCUACCUUUAUUAUAUAAUCAGGAUGAUGACUACAUUCGAUAGCAUUCCGCACGAACUGGUGAUUGCUCUAGCUGAAACCUGCAUUUUUUACGCCUUAGGGACUUACCUCAACUCCCGAACUCUAUUGAGAGAAGUUUCAGCAAACUGCAAGGCUGAGGAAUCAUCCAAAGAGUUCAAGCAAGUCUUGAAAUGCUUACCAGAUGGAGCCUUGCUUGUAGAUAACAGCAGUAAACUCUGACUGAAGUUCUACAAUCCCCAACUUGUAGAGGAUUUCGACAUUAAUCUGUUUUGCGAACCUGAGAGCGAGUUUCCUGACUUCGCUGACCUUAAAGAUCAAAUCAACCGUGAAUUGUAUAACGCACUUCAGAUAAUCAAAGAAGCAUCUGAAGCUAAAAAGCUAGUACCUAGCGACAUCCAGUGCCCUUUGAGGAAGUUCAAGAUUAUCCAAAAAUGCAACAUCGCGAAUCAGAAUUCCUUCAAAGAUACUAAUUCUCAAAAUGUUGGCUAUAAAAACGACUACACCAAAUUUUUUAAGCGUGGAGGAAACCCUUUGAUGAAGAAGACCCAAAAACUUGGUAAUCCUGAUGAUAUAAGACUGAAUGAGUUCCUUGGCCUUGAAAGACAUAUGCUCGAAAAGCAAAAAGAGAACGAAAGAGAGGGCAAAAUCUCUGUAUACUUCGAUGACUUCAACUUCAUCAAAGGUAUCGAGAUGAUCAAGCGAGAGUUCAUUGUAAAAACUCGUAAAGUUCAUGCAAAUGACCCUAACGAUCCUUAUACUUCAAUGUAUCUUCAUAUUCUGAGUGAUACUACCCAGAUUACUCAACUUGAGGAACAAAAGGCCCAGAACAAGUACCAGAGGCAGAUGCUGGCCAAUGUUUCUCAUGAGUUCAGGACCCCUCUAAACGCAAUGACAUUGAGUCUGACCCUCUUAAGGGGACUGAUCCGUGGGCAUCCAGCGAAGUUCCUCAGAAUAGCUUCAUCAAGCUGAGAUAUUUUAAGAUCCCUCGUUGAAGACAUCCUUGACCAUGCCAAGAUCGAGUCAGGGGUGUUUGAGAUUCACGAACAAGUGUUCAAGUUCAACACACUCAUGGACGAAGUCAGAGACAUCUUUGAGCUUCAGACUCUGAACAAAGGGAUAGAUCUCACCUUCUACAUUGCACCAGAAGUUGACAACUUGUUCAUGAAGACGGAUAAACAGAGAAUAAAGCAGGUUUUGCUCAACCUGAUCUCGAACUCCUUGAAGUUCACAGACAGAGGAGCAAUCCAGAUCAGCUUGAUAAAGCUCGAACCAAGUGAUGAGCGGCCCAUCGGAAGAGAAGAGAGAAAGGAAGAAUCCAAAGAUUGUCAAAGACUCAUCCUUCAGCAUGGACCUGCGAGGUUAGAUUCCCACCUGUCAGAAGAGAGUGUCAAUCAGGAAUAUUCCUGUAGACCUCAUUUGCCAAGAGUCAGCAAAUAUUCAACGUACCCUGACAAUAGAGCUGGCCUCUUAAAUGGUAGAUCAAGUUCAAACUCAGACCGUGAGGAGAAACCUCUAUUUGAGCCAUAUAGAAAGCUAAAGCUUAAAUUAACAGUUUCAGACACAGGUAUUGGGAUCCCGAAGAGCGACCAAUCCUCACUUUUUAAGCUAUUUGGCAAGACUAGCUCCAAUCAUAACCGUAACAAGACCGGUUGUGGCCUUGGCCUUACUAUCUGUAGGAAGAUCCUUCAGAAGUUGGGAGGAGAUAUAACCCUUGAGUCUGAAGAAGGACGAGGAACAAAGGUAACUUCUAUAUUCAAAUGCAUGUAUUAA